AAUGGCCUCAGGAUCAAGACCUACCCUUCUUCCGCCUCUUCGAUCACAGUCUCUGAUAUCCAUUUUGAGGAUAUUAUCGUGAAGAAUGUCUUCAAUCCCAUCCUCAUCGAUCAGGAGUAUUGCCCUUGGAACAAAUGCAACAAAGCCAAACCUUCGACGGUGAAGCUGGUGAACAUUAGUUUCAAGAGGAUCAGAGGAACAUCGGGGAAUAAAGACGCAGUGAGGCUGUUGUGUAGCAAAGCAGUGCCGUGUACGAACGUGGAAGUAGGAGACAUCGAUCUGAGAUACGGAGGAGCGGACGGUCCUGCAACGUUCCAAUGUUCGAACGUAACUCCCAAGCUCUCGGGAACUCAGUUCCCAAAGGCAUGCAGCAGCGCCAUGGUCAAACCCCUCAAUGAUGUCUGA